UACUGGAACUCAAUGUGCAGCCUGGCCUUGAAUUCCUGAUUUUUUUUUUUUACUGCCUCCACCUCCCCAGUGUUAGGGUUAACAGGCAUAUGCCUCCAUGCUACAAGACAGGGUUGGUCAGAUGGGCUCAGUGGGUAACGGUACUUGCCCUGAGCCCGAUGAUCUGAGUUCAAUCUUCAGGACCCACAUGGCGGACAGAGAGAACUGACUCCCACUGGUUGUCCUUUGACCCCCAGGAGUAUACCAUGGCACAGCUACCCCACCACCACGACUAAUAAGUGAAUGAAUAAGUGGUGAAUGACAAAGGUGAAACAUCUCACGGUGGCCACACUGGGAAAGAUCAAGACAAGAGAUCCAGCCAGCGACAGACACCACCAAGUCCACCUCUGAGGCAUGUAGCAUCCCUGAUCGCCCAGGAAGCAAAGUGGAAUGGGAGCCCUCUUUCCUUCGCCCUGGGAACGCCUGACUCUCCAUUGGCUCAUUCUGUGGCACUCAGCCCAGAGGCAGGAUCUAUGGGGUUCAGUGUGGGCUGCAUCUGACCAUCCCUGUGACACUAUCUUGGCUCACGGUCAGCCAGGGAAACAGAUGGAGGUGGACUUGGCAGGCCUGAGCAUGAGAGGACAAGCCUUAGAUUCCUGUCGGCACAGAAGACCAGCUCCUAACUCAGUGCAUGUGUCCAGGAUGCCUGCAGGCUGCUAAGACCCCCCCCACUUGUCAUGGACUGCCCACGCUGACAAGCCAAUCCUUAUGGGCAUCUCCUGUUCCAAUCUAGAGGAGACCAUGUCCAAGCCCCCAGACUGCCUGCCUCGGAUGCUCAGGGGCACCCCCAGACAGCGGGUCUUCACCCUCUUCAUUAUCAGCUUCAAGUUCACCUUCUUGGUCUCCAUCCUGAUCUACUGGCACACUGUAGGUGCACCCAAGGACCAAAGACCACAGUAUAGCCUGCCAGUGGACUUCCCCUGCCCCGAGCUGGCCUCUCCUAGAGUCUCUGCCCCAGGCAACAUCUUCUUCCUAGAGACCUCGGACAGGACCAGUCCCAGCUUUCUGUUUAUGUGUUCUGUGGAAUCAGCUGCCAGGACACACCCUGAGUCCCGGGUGGUUGUGCUCAUGAAAGGGCUACCUAAAGACCCCACAGCCCAGCCCCGGAACCUUGGCAUCUCUCUUCUGAGCUGUUUUCCCAAUGUCUGGAUACGACCUCUGAACCUGCAAGAACUGUUUGCGGACACGCCCCUGGCAGCCUGGUACUCGGAGGCACAGCACAGGUGGGAGCCCUACCUGUUGCCCGUACUGUCCGAUGCUUCCAGGAUUGCACUCCUCUGGAAGUUUGGUGGUAUCUACCUGGACACGGACUUCAUUGUCCUGAAGAACCUGGGCAACCUGACCAACGUGCUGGGCAUCCAGUCCCGCUAUGUCCUCAAUGGUGCCUUCCUAGCCUUCAAGCGCAAGCAUGAAUUCUUGGCACUGUGUCUACGUGACUUUGUGGCCAACUAUAAUGGUUGGAUUUGGGGCCACCAGGGCCCCCAACUGCUUACCCGAGUCUUCAAGAAGUGGUGUUCUAGCCACAGCCUGGAAGAGAGCCAUGCUUGCCGCGGGGUCACUGCCCUGCCCCCCGAGGCCUUCUACCCCAUCCCCUGGCAGAACUGGAAGAAAUUCUUUGAAGAUAUCAGCCCCGAGGAACUGGCCCAGCUGCUCAAUGCCACCUAUGCUGUUCAUGUGUGGAACAAGAAAAGUCAGAGUACACACCUAGAGGCCACGUCCAGGGCUCUUCUGGCCCAGUUACAUGCCCGCUAUUGCCCUACGACACAUAGAGCCAUGAAGAUGUACUUGUGAUGGCCCUCCAGGCUGCAGUCAUAUCCUAUCAACAUUGUUACUGCCUUUCCAGGGAGGCAAGAGGAGCAGACAGGAAAAAGGGGUUCUGAGAUGCUGCUGUUGACUUUAGAGGAGGCCAAGCUGGCCCUGGGGAACACGUGCCACUUCUAUACCUGCCCCUACAGGCCAGAGGGAGACCAGCGGAUACACUUUGUCCAGUGUUCGAGGCUGACCAGUGAUUCCAUAGUUACUAGCAUCUGGGUCCUUAACGGGCUGGAUCACAAGAACCCUAAAGAGCAUUCUGAGGUACCUGGAAGACAGUUGGUUAGAGGUGGGGAUAGGAGUGGAGCUCUGAAAAGUCUAUGUAGAAGUGCUAAGCUUAAAGGAUCUGGCUCUCUCAGCCUCAUGAGCCCAAAGGAAGGAGCAGAGCUCCCUGGGAACACCAUCUUUCCUCCCCUGGGACACUGCUCUGCAGAUCCGUCCCAGCCUGCUCCAGUGUUCAGGGAUGUGGAAAUUCUUCAGGCUCUGAAAAGGGUUUUAAAUUCCUUCCCUGUUGUAGACACUGGGGGCUAUAAUAAAAGUGACUCACCAACACGUAA